UGCCGCGCUGGCCGGUGGUUCAUCCAAGGAGAUGCGGUGAGGGGGCCUGGACUGUGCCUUGCGGGUAGCCGUCAUGGCCAACGUGUAUUCUCUGGACGGGUUAUUGGUGUUCAGCCUGCUGUUCGUGUGCACCUGCGCCUACUUCCGGAAGGUCCCUCGGCUGAAAGCCUGGCUGCUGUCGGAGAAGAGGGGGGUCUGGGGGGUAUUUUACAAAGCGGCAGUGAUUGGAACCAGACUCCAUGCAGCAGUGGCAAUAUCCUGCAUUGUCAUGGCUUUUUAUGUUCUCUUCAUAAAAUGACUACCAGCACCUUAGAUGGACACUAUUGGAAUGAAAAUGCUAUAAAAAGCAUAUAUAUUUUUCUUCAGAGGACAAAAUCUCUUAGAGAAACUGAUCGAGCACUCUGCACAGAUGUCAAGAGGAAAUUCCCAUAUGACCAAGCUUUGUUUGAGACCAAGAGAGUGGCCUUUGUAACAGUAACUAUCCUUUGUACUUCUUGUAGUGCUCAAACAUUAUCAGCAAAGAUUGUUUCAGUGCAGAUUAUUAAAAUCAAAAUUAUAGACUGCAUAAGGAAAACGUCACAUUUGUGUUGCUAAUCAAACUAAGUAUGGAAAUUAUUUGUGUCAAAGAGAAAUGGAUAAGGCUUUUCCAGAUUUUGACAAAGUGUGGAAGGGGGAAGGGUUAAUGUUUCUAGUGUGUUAAAGGGAAUUGCUUUCAGUCCCAACAAUAUAGUAUGAGCAGAAAAGGAAGAUGUAGAAUUACUUUUGUUAACAGCUCUUUGAUUAAUGCACUUUUGAGGCUUGGGGCUAAAAUUGUCCUAAAAACUAGUGACUGGAUGUGGUAUAUGAGCUAGUGGCACCAUGCAAGCUCCUUGCACAGUUUAGAAGGGCAAAUGUCCUGUUUCCCCAUGACAAAAAAGAGAUCUGAAACACAAGAAAAUAAAAAUGCCGAUAGGUAAUAUAUUCCCCUGCCCCUUGUAAUAAUUGUCAGCACCUCUUACAAAUGGUUAAGAAGAGAAGCUGCACAUUCCGUGAAGCUAAGCUAAUCAGUAAGAACUGCUGAGUCAAACAUAGCCACAGUUGUUGGAUGCUUAUGUGUUGGAAAAAACAAUGGGGACAUAUGCUGUUACAUAAGUUGAUAGAUGUUAAAUUGUUUUAAGUCACAUUUAAAGAUCAUAACUUGUAUAUUUUGGGCAUUGUACAAAUUUUAAAGAUAAAGACUCAUGUUUGCUUUAUGUAUCACUUUUACUGGUUUGCUCCCCCCCCCUUUAUUCUGUUUCCCUGAAUUUUAAUUGUAGGAACUAAUCUCCUACAGCAGAAGCUGUAUGUUUAACUUGUACACUUGCAAUAUUGAAAAUGCUUGAAAGAUACAAGUUUACAGACUACUUCAGGAUUGAAGCCUAAUUUAUUUUCUUUUAAUCCAUUGUAUUUACGAUACCAGUUAGAACUGAACAGACUGUCAAUUUCCUUUUUUCAAUUUUGUAUCUUUUAUCACAGACAAGAACUGUCAUCAAUUACAUGUCUAUAAAUCAGAAACAAAUAUACUGGAGCCCUGACCUGGCUUCUGGGUAUUCCAGCUAUAUAUGUUUGAAUAAAUCUGCUUUAUUUUUGUUCUCUGUGGCCCAUAUUUAGUAAAUUACA